AUGCGUCUGUCUGCCUCUAUCACGAAGAUAAGGGAGCUCAAUGUACCAUGUAUCAAUGGUAUAUAUCAUAUGUCCUUAGAUCAACUUGGCAAACUUUGGAGCAGUGACAGAGAUGGAAAAAUUAUUCAAACAGAUCUACAUGGCAAACAGAUACAAAAGAUAAAAGUUACAGGUGGACAGGAGGGUAACCAUACAAUCACACAGCUCGGAGAUCUUAUCUUUACAGACAAAGUCGGGAAAGCCAUCAACAGGCUAGCACAAGAUAAGAACAUCACCCAUUUCAUCAACACUGGGAUUUGGGAACCCUACAGCAUAUACUACGCGCACAUCAACGGGGAGAUCCUAGUGGGUAUGAGGAAAGAUAGAGAGGAUAAAGUCACAAGAUUCAACAAAACAGGAAAAGAACUUCAUAACAUACUGAGAGAUAACAAAGGAGGGGAACUUUACAAAUCCCCACAAUUCAUCACAGAAAACAUCAAUGGAGAUAUCUGUACUUCAGACUAUCAUAUGCGAGUAGUGGUGGUGAAUAGAUUAAGGCAACACAGGUUCUUCUGUAGAGGUCAGAAGUCAGUGUUUUGCCCCUAUGAAAUCUGCACCGAUGUCUUCGCUCACAUUCUGGUGUGUGAUCGUUUAAGUGAUACUAUUUACCUCCUUGAUCAAGACGGUCAAUUUUUGUCUCUAUUAUUUACAUGGCAACAGGGGGUAUACGGUCCCCGUAGUGUUUGUGUGGAUGAUGAGAACAAUCU